AUGGCCUACCAUAGUUCAGUUGAGGAUAAGGAAAACCCUCUUGCCGCCUCCGUGGACAAAAUGCACAUUUUCCGCCCUCGCUGGCAUAUCUCGGUUUCCAAGCAGGAGCUGAAAGUUAAUCUUGCAGAGAUGGUAAAGGAUCGUGCGGAAAUGAACCACAAGGUCAAGAAACUAGGAGCCCUUCGCCAGGGCCACCUGGAGCUCCGGCAAAAAGUCCUUUCCACGAACGCCUUCGAAGAUAUCAUGGGUAUUCCCUCGCAGAUCUACGAGAUGCCCCGCAAGGUGAAGUUCGCUGAAUGGGAAAGCAAAAAUCCAGAAAUUUUUCGACAAGUUUGGUCCUGGUAUCACAAGAAUAACGCGUCCUUCACUUUGCGUUUCGCGUACGCCGGACAUGGAACGGUUCAUGUUGAGACUUGA